AUCCCGUGGUAGACCUUUUUUUAAUCGUCCAAUUAACAUAAAGCUUCAGCACGUGGCGUCCACCACCACACACGUCCUUGUUCGUUUGGUCCACUAUCUUUACAACAACGGGCGGUCUUUGUUCCGAGGAAGUGAGAAGUAAGUCGAGAAAAUGGCGGGGCUUGUUCAGCUAGUCACCUUACCGCUAGUUCUGCUUGUUGGUCUGAUUGAAUCAGGUCUCUUCGUGUUGGUCCGAUGGUAUGACGCGUAUAUGUACAGUCCCCUCCAGACAGCCCUGUGGCCAGUGGUGGCCAGACUGCCCCGGUCUGUGUCUAUAGAUGGACACAAGGUAGACGUCUUCACUGCCAACAUCGUCUCAUGGAGCAGGACAUUGCUGGUCAUACCAAUAGCCUUUACCCUCAAACAUGAGUACUACUGGUGCGGCUUUUGGUGCGUCAUACUCCACGACUUUCUUGACCACCUGGACGGUAUCGUUGCCAAAGUCCACAAGCAGAAAUACGGGGACCUGGAUGACCCCAUCGUUGGGGGCUUCAUGGACGCCUUCUGUGACAAGAUCGUGAACGUCCUGUCACUGUGGAGUAUCCUGAUGGUGACAGACUUCUCUCCCAUGUCCCCAGGACAGAUCGCCCUGUACAUCACUGCCUGCUCCGUCAUCAUCGCCUACGAGUUUACACUGGGUAUCGUCAGGGUACAGGACUUCUUCAGAGCCUAUUAUUUCCGGGAGUUUAAGAAAGUGGACACAAUAUCCAACAAGACGAGCACUGCUGCAGUGAUGGAGGGCAAACUGAAAGAGAAGUUGGAAUCUCUUGGUAUAGCUGCGUUGUGUGUCGCUCAGUCAAAUACCAACAGCAUGACCAGUAUAUCUGGGAUAGUUGGAGUCACAUGUCUACUACUCUCUGUCCGAUUGGCCCACUCUAGCCUGACCAAUAAGCUGACAGCACGUGAGCCUCAGGUUCGGGGUCAGGCCCACUCGAGCGAGGACGAGGAGGACGUGAAACUCUCCAGACCAGAGAAACAGGUAGUCACCGACGAGACCAAAGACGAAGAGACCCAGGUAGAUUUGGACACACCCAGCGUGAAACCACACCACAACAAAGAUGGCGGUGAUGAGCACGUGUUACACCGUUGUACGUCACUGCCUGGCACAGAGCUGCUGACUGACAUGACACUAGACGCACGUGCAGAGCGCGUGUACACGGUCGGGUGCUUUGACCUCUUUCACCACGGACACGUCAAGCUGCUGAAGCAGAUGAGGAGUUUUGGCAGAAAGGUUAUUGUCGGCGUCCACGACAGCAGGAGCAUCUACCAGCUCAAGAAGCGGGUGCCGAUAGACAGCACAGUCACUAGGAUGAGGAACGUCAAGGAGUUUGCUGAUGAGGUGUUUUGUGUAGCGGGCACCGACCCCACCCCUUUCAUCGACUACAUCUUCGACAAGAGCAACGAGCGCAGCAGCGCCAUCUACAUCCGGGGUGACGACAUGCCCCACUUCCCGGCGCGCCACCUGUGCGAGAAGCUGAUGACCGUCAAGUUCCUGCCCUACACGUCCGGCGUGUCCACCACCAAACUCCGUAAGGACCUCAUCAACUCCAGCAACGCUGAUCUGGCUUUCAGAGAUGUCCACGGGGAUAUUAUGCCGUACUGAUGGAUGAACGGGGACAUUAUGGCGUACUGAUGGA